AUGGCCAACAACGGCACUGACAGUGCGCCACCUCGCCCAACGGGCCCGCCGCCACCUCCGCCUGGCAUCGAUGCCCCCAGCAGUGAUGUGGACCUGCACCACGACAUUGCUCGUGACAUUGGCCAGCAGGUGGAGGUCAUGAUUCUUGAUGCCAAACAUGCGUCCGAAACGAAAGUGGGAAAGGAGAUCACAAAGAUCAAGGGCAAGAUGGAGGCCAUGGCUGAGAAGAUUAAGAUGAUCAAUGAGCGUGUUGCCGGCAUUGAGCCAGGCAGAAAUGGCCUCCUCAAGUCGGACCUCCAAUCGAGCAUCGCCAAGCUUGAGGAAGUUUGGGAGGGCGAGGUCGGGACUUUGAAGCACGAGCUUUGGCAGACCAUCCAGGCCCACAACCACAAUGCGGACCUCCUGAAGCACCACAAGGAUGCCAUAGACCAGGUUCAAAGCAGAAUGACGGAUCUUGCUCCGAACCCUGAGCUCGAACAGGUGCACUUGCAGCUCUUACAGGUUGACAAGGUGCUUCAGAGGGAAAUGGCCAAGGAGCAACAGAUGGACCAGUUAAUGGCGCGGUUGACGGUGGUACAGCAGCAGCUUAUGUCAGUUUGGGCAGGUGCAUCCACGGCGGGAUCUUCGGCUUUUUUGGCAGCUCAGGCCUGGGCGCAGUGUCAGAGGAGUUUCUCUUAA